UCUGGCAAUUUGCAAUCAUUGCAAUUAGUUUUUAUUCCUUGGCUGAACCAAACGCCUCGCGAAUCGUCGCGGGUAUUUUCGUAAAAAUUACUGCUAAGGAUCGGAGUGCGAGGAAUUUCCGGGGAAAUCAUCGGCGUGUUAAUAGCACUUUUGAGGAACUGGAACUAGCACUGACUUUUGGGACGAUUAUCACACGAGAGCGUCGAAAAUGUUUCGUAAUUUCGUCAAUUUUACAAAUAAAUACAAAAUCAUCCGCGGCAUGAUAUCAUAUGGCACCCUCUGGCCCUGCGGAUCACUCAUCGAACAGACUGUGAUCGAGAAGAAGACAUUCCGAACGUACGACUGGAUGAAGUGUCUCAGGUUCAGUUUAUUCGGUUUCUUUUUCAUGGGGCCGACCAUAUAUGUGUGGAUCAGAUUGGCGGGCGUUAUGUGGCCGCGCACCGAUAUUAAGUCAUCGUUCUGCAAGGCGAUCACCGAACAGACCGCGUACGAUCCGAUGGCCAUCAGCUCGUUUCUCUUCUUCAUGACCUUGAUGGAGGGCAACUCGUACGCAGAGGCCAGACGGGAGGUCAGCGAUAAAUUCCUGGACGCCUACAAGGUGGGCGUUAUUUAUUGGCCCUGCGUGCAGACGGUGAACUUCGCCUUCGUGCCGGCGCGGAACCAGGUCAUAUUCACCUCCUUCUUCAGCAUGUGUUGGACCACCUUCCUGGCCUACGUCAAGUUCCUCCAGCUGCAUCCCCACGUGGAUGUGGACCACCACGCCAUGGACAUCCACUUCCUGGAGAUGUGAAUCCGAUUCGAAUCCGCAGCCAGCUACCAAUUAAUGUGAUUGCACCAGAGACAAACCCCUUCGCCAGAGUUAAUGACUUGUCGUUUCUUUUUUAUAUAUUUUUGUGGGCCGUAAGCAUUGUAUAAAUAUAUGAACGCCCAUUAAUUUUGGCUGAUAAAUAAGUUGUGAUAAGUUCGUAGUUGUUGUUUUUUUAGAAAUAAAUAGAAUUUGUGCGUUGUC